UUUAAUUCAUUCCUUUUAUAAAGUCCCUUACAAUAAGAGCAAAUAACAGCAUACAAUAAGAGACCAUUUAAAUAAAAUUAUCAAUAUACAAAAUGGCUUUAUAUAAUCAAUUAUUUGGUUUAUUUAUUAUUACAAUUUGUGGUUUUUGUUAUUUAAUAAGCGCUGAAGAAGUUCCGUAUCAAAUUUGUCCAACAAAAUUAAACGUAACGUAUGCUUGCGACAUUAAAUCUGUUCGCAUUGAUCCCUGUAAAGAAGCAUUGUUGAAAAAUAAAAAACCAUGCAAAAUAAAGAAAGGAACUCAUGCUGGAAUUGCCGUUGAUUUCAUACCAAAAUUCAGCAGUGAUAAAUUAGUAAAUAAAGCUUUUUGGGACACUGGUUUUAUAGAUAUGGAAUUUUUGGGUAUGGAACCAAAUGCCUGUGAAUUUACGAAAUGUCCAAUUGUCUCUGGUCAAGAAGUUAAUUAUAAUUAUCAAUUGGAAAUUAGUAAAAGUUGGCCUACAAACACAUACCCAAUAAAAUGGCGUCUAAUGGCCGAAGGUGGAGUGGAAUGCUGUUUUAUUAUCAAAAUUAAACUAUUUUAAUAAAGCUAUUAUCUUAAACAGA